UGCCCGUUUCGAAUUCGUUCUCAAGAACAUUUGGGCUAGAUUAGGGGCGGUAUAUUAUCUGUACAUGCAUGCACCAUGGCGACCGACCAAGAUGGCGAGCGCACUGGAGAAGUUGGAGCAGAUCCAGGGAACGCUAGCCGAGAUCAAGGAACGAACCCCCGACGUGAGCAUCUCCAGGUUCGUCGCCUCCGUUUUGGAUGAUUCGCCGGGGACCGAACACGCGCCGUCGGAGUGGAAGAUCGGUGACGACGACGACGCCGGCGCCGGCCAUGGACGCCGCCGCGCGGAGGAGCUACGGUGUGACGACGCGCGGCCAUGCGCUCCCGCUCUGAAGAUGGACUGGGCGGCAUGCGUCCUCCCUCUCCACGGCGAGGACGCGCACUUCGGGCACGCCGAGGCCGGCGUCGUCGGCGUCGCGGACGGUGUCGGCGGGUACCGGGACCGAGGCGUGGACGCCGGCGCGUUCGCGCGAGCUCUCAUGGCGAACGCUCUGGCGACGGCGGAGCGGGUGGCCAACGCCAAGGCUCCCAAGCUCCUUCCCCGGCUCUGCCCCAUGAAGGUGCUGGAGCGGGCGUACAAGAACGCGGCCACGAGCGGAACACCGGGGGGCUCGACGGCCGCCAUCCUGUCGCUCCACGGCGCGGCGCUCAGGUGGGCGUACAUCGGCGACAGCGCCUUCGCCGUGUUCCGAGGCGGCGAGAUCAUCCACCGCUCGGUGCAGCAGCAGCGCGGCUUCAACGAGCCGUACCAGCUGAGCGCCAGGGGUUGUGGAGGCAGCCUCGCCGAGGCGAAGGUGGGCGGCAUGCCGGCGGCGGAGCACGGCGACGUCGUGGUGAUGGCGACGGACGGGCUGUUCGACAACGUGCACGACUGGCAGCUCGAGCGCGCCGUGCGGAUGGGCACCGAACUGGGCUUUUCGCCCAAGAACAUGGCGGACAUUGUCGCGGGCCUCGCUUACGCGAUAUCCAACAACAGUUGGGCAUGCUCGCCGUUCGGUAUCGGAUACUUGAAGAAAUAUAAGGAGGUAUGGCAUGGUGGAAAGCAGGACGACAUCACGGUCAUCGUCGCGUAUCUUGUCUCCGAGGAUUCAUGA